UUCAAAAAAACUUUGAAAUGUCACUGAGUCUCGAGAAAAACUAUAAAACCGUUAUUUUAGAAGUAAGACCAAGACUACAGAGUGUGAAUGCAUUUGUUUCUUUGUUAAAUUGUAAUACAACUGUUAAAAUUAUUUUGGACGAGGAACAAAUUAAAAUAAUAGACGAUGAUCGAGUUUCGACGAUUCUUUGUAAAGGCAUUAAUGCGGUACCGAACAGUUUAUCGUCUUUUAAACAAACCGACAAUUAUAUCGUAUUCAGAUUUGUGACAAAUAAUAGUUUAGAGAAUUUGGGAAGUUUUAAAACUGAGCUGUUACAAAAUACCGUGGCUAGUAUCGAGUCCCUCAGUAACAAACCCGUGCUUACCAAAGGUGUCAACUACACAGUCCAGUGUAUUAAUUGCAGCAAAGCUUUAAACGUUCCCAUCAAAUUUCAAAGAAUAUUGCCCUUACCUUCAGACAGUUCUGAUCCGAACGAAUGGUUUUGCCAUGCACAGAGUAGCAAGGAUAACGUGUCUUUAGAUCCUAAGGAAACCGAUAUUUUUUACACACAUUGUUAUCUCCACAUAAACAAAUCCAAUUUGUUGAACAUUAAAGGAAACGAUAAAGUAAUCGUUUGUAAGUUCUGUUUGAAUUGGCUGGGAAUUAUUUACAAUCAAAACACGCUGAGGAUAUGGCUCAAUACCGUGAAGUUUUUAGACAAUAAUUCUGCUAUAUCAACGGACAGCCUUAGUGAUAUUUUUCAUUCGUUCAAAGACAUUUUUAGGCAUUCCUUGUAUAAUUCCUUAAAGUUAAUGAUAGUUUGCCAAACAUCGUCGAGUCAGAGUGAUUCUGUUUUAAUUUGGGUGUUAGAAAAAAAGCUGCAAAUUUUCAUUGAAACUUCCGGCGGCCUCAAAAAGUUUGACGUUGCAAAAGUUUUAUUUAAAUAUGCGAAAAGUGAAGACGAGGCAUUUAAACAGUGGCAAAGUGACUCGAUGAUUAAUCUUUUAAACAUAUCCAAGCCUAUGAUGCUUAAUACAAUAAAACAUCUUCACAAAUUUAACAAAAUGCUACCACCGUUGUACUCAAAGUCUAAUGAUUUAAGUGUGUCAUAUAUUUUUAUGUACGAACCGUUUAUUGAGUAAAUAUUUUAU